UUGUAUUUAAUUUGUCAGUGUCACUUUUGUGACAAUCGAACGUUUUGCAAAAUAGUAUUAUAUUUUAUUUUGUUUUAUUAUGUAGUAAUGUGUAACGUACGUAAAUAAAGCUUUAACAAAAGGACAUGAUUAGCCCUAUGAUAACGACAACAUGGUGUAAGAUAUUAAAUAUGACAUCAAAGGAGCUAAGGAAUGAAAAUGUUUUCUGCUUACGCCAGGUUUAUUGUUCGUCACUCUUACUAUUUCCUUUUUAUUAUUCUUGUAAUAUCUACGCUCCUAACUAUCAUCCCGUUAGUAUGCCGCAAUCUUCCUUCAUUUUCCGAACCAAUUAUUGGAUUCGAAACAAGAGGAACGAAUUUAGGGCAACGCUUUAUUGCUUGGGAAAAUCUUAUUGAUGAAACGAGACCAUCUAAAAGACUUGCAGUUAAUCCUAAGGAAAUAGAAGACCAGAUCAGAAUGAAUCAAUCUUACUACAAUAAAAUAAGCAAAGAUAAAUCAAGAUCUGAUAGAAAACAUCCUAAAAAACAUCAUCACAAAAAGAAAAAGAACCACAACAAUACAUUUGCGAUCACAUUGUACAAUUCACCAGAUGUAAACACAACAGUUGAUCAUGUCCAUUGGAGCUAUGGAAAGAAUGUUUCUAUUGAAGAUGAAAAUGCAGUGUUCAUUAAAAAUCAUUCUAGAAAACAAUGGAAGUCACUCAAAAAUAUGCAAAGACUUCCUGACUACCAUCCUAACUAUGCUUCGGGUGCCUGUGGAGCUCCAGCAACAGAUUAUGCUCACUUAGUCGUCACAUCAACAAAUAACAGUUCAAUGCUGUCCUUCGAAAAUGUAGAAAAGGUAUGUCAAUUGCAGUCUCUACUUAUUGAAACGGAUGAAGAAGAUUUUAAUAGACUGUGUCAAAGGUCGACACUCUCUGAAGAAAUGUGUUGCCCAAUUUGGAGUGUGCCAAAUUACAUAGCUUUAAUAUCUGGUAAGAACUCAUGUGAAAAUUUAACUAGAGAUGAUGUUAAAAAUGUUGUAAAUAUAUUAAGAAAAUGUGCAGGUUAUUUUCACAAUUUUACUUUGAUGGCCUCAUGUGAGUUAGACAGAUGUCGGGUGCCAAAAUAUUGUUCACAGUUUGAUGCAGUAUACAAUUUAUUGUUCUAUAUAAUCGAUUCAGAUGCCUUCGCGCCGCCUACAUUUUCUGAGACAUUUGUAAAAAAUGUGAUGAUCUUUCUACCUUUACCAACUAGUAGCACUGUAUUGCCCUAUUAUAUGAAAUUACAAGAUUCAAGUUUAUCAUACGACACCCUUACUAUACCAGCAAUGGACUUAGGAUUAAAGAAUACACUGUUUGACUUGUGGAUAAUACAAGACACUUGGCUCAUAGCGCUAGGAGGCUUUUUUGUAUUUAUAUGUGUAUGGAUAUAUACAAAGUCAUUGUUGCUUACAUUAUUGCUGUUUACAGCUAUCGCAUAUUCUCUUGGUGUAGCCUAUUUCCUAUAUGUGUAUGUGUUUAAUUUAGAGUUCUUUCCUUUCAUGAAUCUACUAGUUAUAGUUGUUGUUAUUGGGAUUGGAGCAGAUGAUGCUUUUCUCUAUGUAAAAGUUUGGAAAAUGGUUAGUAAGCAGCUUAUAAGGGACAAUGUCGUAGCUGAUGAUAAUGGCCUGACUGAUAUUAAAAAUGUUUCAAGUGCUGGUGAGACUAUACUUGUACAAAUUCUUGAAGAAACAUUAAAGCAUUCAGUUUUGGCUAUUUUCAUUACAGCUUUGACAACUGCAGUUGCAUUUUUUGCAUCCUAUGUAAGUUACAUUCCAGCCAUUAACUGUUUUAGUGUCUUUGCUGGCACUGCAGUGUUAGUCAACUUUUUUCUCAUGGUGAGUUGGCUGCCAGUCUCAGUAUUUAUAAUAGAUGUGAAAUUGUGUACUAAUAGAUUGAUAAUAUUAAGUACAAUUAGUAAAGCUCUUUAUGAAAUUGGAGGGGAUAUCAACAUUAUUCUAAAUAGAUUUAUCAUUACAUGUAUAAUGCGAUUACAUUCAUGUUUUGUUGUAAUUUUGGGUGCUAUUGGAGUCUGCAGUAUUGUAAUUGUAUUUUAUUAUCCUGGACUUCAAUUGCCAGAUUCAAAACAGUUUCAGCUCUUCCAAACAUCACAUCCCUUUGAGCAGUAUGAUAUUAAUUAUAGAGAAAAAUUUCUAUUUGAACGUUUUGGCAGAGAUAUAGGUGUAGGUAGUCGAAUGCCACUUCGUUGGAUUUGGGGUAUAAAACCUAUUGAUAAUGGAAAUCAUAUGGAUCCAUUUUCGAAAGGCAAGCUAAUCUUUGAUGAUGAAUUUAAUAUAUCAAAUCCAGAAUCACAAAUAUGGUUAUUAGAGUUUUGUGCAAAAAUUAAGAGCCAAUCUUUUUACCAACCAACACUCGGGCCACUUUUACCAAAUUGUUUUAUUGAAAGUUUUAAAAUGUUUAUGAGUAGAAGAUGUAUAGACAAUCUAGACAAAAUUAAUAGAACACCAUGUUGUGAAUCUUCACCGUUUCCCUAUUCAAAGGAAGUCUUUGAUUUUUGUAUAAUAAAAGCAAUGGAAUCUCUUUAUCAAACUCCACGUGAGUUGUUUAUGCCAGGAGUUGCAGGGCCUAAAUUUAUAAGAAGUACUUACCCCCCUAGAGUAGCAGCUAUUGUUGUGGAAUUUGAAAGUGUGGUGCCAUAUUCAAUGUCUUACACAGCAAUGGAUGAAUUCUUUAUUAAAAUUGAAAAUUGGACCAAACAAGAAUUAGAAAACGCACCGCUAGGCAUGAAUUGCGGUUGGUUUUUAUCGGAUCUCCAAUUUUAUGAUUUGCAGAAAACUUUAGCAAGUGGUACAUUGAUAGCGUUAAUGCUAUCUGCAGGUUUAGGUUUUAUGGUACUUAUGCCAUCGACAUUUAGUAUUAUCGCCAGUUUUUGCGCGCUACUAGCAAUGAUAUUUUCUUCAACUGUAACAAUAGCUAUACUCGUUCUUAGCGAUUGGAAAUUAAAUGUUUUAGAAAGUGUUGCAAUAUCGACAUCGGCAGGAUUAGCAGUAGAUUUUAGUCUGCAUUAUGCUCUAAGUUUUACAAACGCUAGUGGCACUAAAUCUUCUAGAGUUAAGGUUGCAAUUUCGACUUCCGCGGGGCCGACUGCUGCAGCCGCACUAACUACUGGUUUUGCCGGCAUAUUCCUAUUGCGAUCAAAUCUUCUCCCGUAUUCACAAAUAGGGACUUUCUUAGCUUUAAUAAUGUCAGUAAGUUGGAUUUAUGCAACUUUUUUUCUUUGCUCUAUGCUACACAUAUUUGGAAGGAAUUCUUUAAAAGAAGCACCGACUGAAGAACGGAAAUCUGUGUCUCGUGUUAGCUCAAUUUGUUCGGCAAUACCCAAUUUGGAAAGCCACGAAUUAGAACAUUUAGCUGAUAGUAAUCGAACAAAUAUCACUCACUCUCAUAGUCCUUCUAGUAUAAGCGCAACAACUGUAGUUUUACAUGAUGACUUUGAAAACUCUUUGAAUAAAAUUGAGAAAAAAACACCUGUUGACUUAAAUAUUGACUGAAUGUUAGACUUAGUAGAUUGUUAAUAAGAGCAAUGGCUCAGUUUUGGAGUAUUAUUUAUAAUUAAACAGUAUUAUAUUAUGCAGAUAUUUUUUGUAGUGCUCUAUUUUCUCAAUUUGUGAUUUUAUCCUUUAUUAUUAUCUCGUUGUAUUUUAAGAUUUUCAUUGAAAUCUGUUAAAUAUCAAAACGUAAGAAUACUUAAGGUGACAAUAACUAUCACAUACUAGUUCACACGACAAUAUAAGUCUAAUCGAGCUUGGACACUGUUACAGAAUGUGUUGUUCUGUUUAAUUUUGUUAGACAGCAUUUAUUUCUAUAUUAUAAAAAAAAAAACAAUGCCACUAGUACUUUAAGAAGAGGAAGAUCAUGUCAAUUUGUACAUGUUAAAUAGAAAAUUAUUUUUAAUAAAAAUCAAGCAAAUUAUAUUAGAAUAAAAAA